GUUCCCUUUUUUUUCCUACCCUUUCUUGACAUAGGACAUUCUCCCUUUCCAACCUAACCGAUCCCCUUUUUUUUCCUUCGUCGAACACUAUGUCAUCUUACUCCUCCUACUACUCUUCUUCGUCUUCCAGACAUCAUAAUGACGGAGGCCACUCUUCUUCGUCUUAUGGUGGAAGCAGCAGCCGUGGUUACAGCGGAGGUUACUCUAGCCGUGGUGGCAGCUAUCGCGAUAAUCGUGAUGUCUCUCCUCGUCGAUCCAGCAGACCUAGUUCCGAUCAUCACUCCUCAUCCCGCGAUCGUGGCGAUCGUGGCGGCUACUCAUCCUACGGAUCGUACCGUUCGUCCGGCGACAACUAUGGUGCUUCCACCCGAAGCUAUGGUGGCAGCGGCGCCGCUUACGGUGGUGGCGGAUAUGGUGGCGGUUACGGCGGCGCUCCCGGUGGCGGUGACCGUAUGAGCCAGCUUGGCUCUACCCUGAAGAAUAUCGAUUGGGAUAUGAACGCUUUGCCUCCCUUUGAAAAGAACUUUUAUCAAGAACAUCCCGAUGUUGCUGCGCGAUCCGCCGAAGAAGUGCAACAGAUGAGAGCUGCAGCCAAUAUGACGGUUACAGGCCGUGGCGUUCCCAAGCCUUUGAAGACCUUUGAGGAAGCCAACUUCCCCUCUUAUGUGAUGAAAGAACUUGUCGCUCUUGGAUUCCCUUCGCCUACUCCUAUCCAGUGUCAAGGUUGGCCUAUGGCUUUGAGCGGUCAUGACGUUGUCGGUGUUGCCGAAACUGGUUCCGGAAAAACUCUCGCUUAUACUCUUCCUGCCAUUGUCCACAUCAACGCUCAGCCUUUGUUGAAUCCUGGCGAUGGCCCCAUCGUCUUGAUUUUGGCUCCUACUAGAGAACUCGCCGUUCAGAUUCAAAACGAAUGUACAAAGUUUGGUCACAGCUCUCGAAUCAAGAAUACCUGUUUAUACGGUGGUACCCCUCGUGGUCCUCAAAUUAGAGAUUUGGCUAGAGGUGUUGAAAUUUGCAUUGCUACUCCCGGUCGUUUGAUUGAUAUGCUUGAAGGUGGCAAGACCAAUCUUCGUCGCGUCACCUACCUUGUGCUUGAUGAAGCCGACAGAAUGCUCGAUAUGGGUUUUGAACCUCAGAUUCGCAAGAUCGUCAACCAAAUUCGUCCUGACCGUCAAACCCUCAUGUGGAGUGCUACUUGGCCCAAGUCCGUCCAGCGUUUGGCUGAAUCCUAUUUGAAGGAAUAUAUCCAAGUCACCGUCGGUUCUCUCCAAUUGAGUGCUUCGCACAAUGUCACUCAGAUUGUCGAAGUUUGCGCCGAACAAGAAAAACGUGGAAAGCUGAUUACCCAACUUGAGCGUAUCAUGGAAGAACCCGAAGCUGAAAGAAAGACUAUUAUCUUCACCAGCACGAAGCGUACCGCUGAUGAUAUCACUCGAUUCUUACGACAGGACGGUUUCCCUGCUUUGGCUAUCCACGGUGACAAACAACAAAAGGAACGUGAUUGGGUGCUUAAUCAAUUCCGUACCGGUGGUCAUCCUAUUAUGGUCGCAACCGAUGUGGCUUCUCGUGGUAUUGAUGUCAAGGAUGUCAAAUUUGUUAUCAACUACGAUUUCCCGACAAACAUUGAAGAUUAUGUGCAUCGUGUUGGUCGUACUGGCCGUGGUGGUCGCACAGGUUCAUCCAUCACCUUCUUCACCGCGGAAAAUGCCCGCUCUGCUCGGGAUCUGGUCCAGAUUUUACAAGAGACACAACAACACAUUGAUCCUCGACUGCAGAUGAUGGUCGUUGCCGGUGGGCGCGGUGGAGGUGCAGGUCGUCGUUACGGUGGAGGCGGAUAUCACCGCGGUGGAGGAGGUGGCGGUAUGUACGGUGGCUACCGCGGCGGCGCUCCUCGAUGGUAAAGAAGAAAGGAGAAGUUUUCUCAAAAAGGAAAAUCGGUCAUCUUAUGGUUGGAGAUGUAUUUCAUGGUGUUUUAUCCGCCCUCUCCUAUUUUUUCCGCUCAAUCUGUGUCAUUUAUACAUUUUUCCCCCAUUUCAAUUUCACAUUCUGGUUUUUUCGGCGUUACCUUUCUCCUAUAAUCAUCGUUCAAGACAAAAUGUCUGAAUAGAGAAUAAAUAAAUUUGCUUUCAUGGAUCGCUAACAAUCACAUAUA